AUGGUUAAGCUUUUCAUAAUCUUAGUUACAUUACUUAUUUUCAAUGUUGGUGCUGAUAUAUGCAAUAGAGAAGAGAUAGAUUCAGGGUUUCUAGAUAUAAUUAAUGAUGAUGUUGACAAUAAUCCUGAUUGCAAUGAAAAUGAAGAUAUCUUUAUAGAAAGACAGCCCACUUUUUCGGAUGGUAUGUGGAGAUGUGGGGACUGUUCCUGUAUUGAUGAAUCGAAACUCUUAUACGAAGAGUAUUUUGACGUUGACACAAAUAAUUACUUAGGUCGAAGAUUGAAUACACAGAUCGGAUUUGCUUUAAAUAAUAUGCGAUGCAUUACGAUUAAGACCCACCAGCUUAAUAUCGUCCGUCGUGUUACCGGCUCGUGUUUUGGCAACCAAGUCACUUUGAGAGUUCUAUCUCCGUAUUGUCAAUACAUUAAAAUAUAUGGG